CCCAGUGGCUAAUUCCGUGUGGGGCCACGAAUUAUCAUCCGUCCACGUGGCACACCUCGUUUUCAGAGGUGCCACCACGGCUACAAAUUGUAGCCCCUCAAUGCUUCCUCCUUCCUUCCCUCACUCCUACUGAUUGCACUCUCUGACUCUCUUUGGGUACCAGCAGCUCCAUCUCAGAAUUUUCCACGAACGGGUAGAGAGGUGUGGGUGAUGGCAGCACUUAUUGCAUCUUCCCACUGUGUUGUUUCUCAUGCCUGCGCGGGCGCGGCAGAGUCAAAAGUCAACUUGGGUCAGUUGGGCUUGAGGAACCAUGCUGUGACUCACUAUGGGUUGAGAUCUGUGAACAAGGUUGAGAAGUUGCUGUUGAGAAGCAACACCAAGGUGACAAUCAGCAAACGUGGACGGAAGAUCGAAGCUACAAUGCCGAAGAUCGAGGCUACAGUGCCGUCGCUGCCUUCUGUGAGCAAAGAAGGUAUGAACUUGGUCUUUGUGGGAUGUGAGGUGGGUCCUUGGUGCAAAACUGGUGGGCUUGGUGAUGUUCUUGGAGGGUUGCCACCAGCCUUGGCUGCACGGGGGCAUAGGGUAAUGACAGUAUGUCCCCGGUUUGACCAAUACAAAGAUGCUUGGGAUACUUGUGUGCUUGUCCAGCUACAAGUUGGAGAUAAAAUUGAAACUGUCCGUUUCUUCCAUUGCUACAAGCGUGGUGUUGAUCGCGUUUUUGUGGAUCAUCCUUUGUUCCUGGAGAAGGUUUGGGGAAAAACUGGAUCAAAGCUAUAUGGUCCCAGUGCUGGUGAAGAUUACAAGGACAACCAGCUCCGGUUCAGUCUGCUGUGCCAAGCAGCACUUGAGGCACCACGAGUUUUGAAUCUCAAUUGCAACCAAUACUUCAGUGGACCUUAUGGUGAGGAUGUGGUGUUCAUUGCCAAUGAUUGGCACACUGCUCUACUUCCCUGCUAUCUGAAAAGCAUGUACCAGUCCAAGGGAAUCUACACAAAUGCCAAAGUUGUUUUCUGCAUUCACAACAUUGCCUACCAAGGAAGAUUUGCCUUUUCAGACUUUAGCCUUCUGAACCUGCCUGAUUCAUACAAGGGUUCUUUUGAUUUCAUUGAUGGGUAUAACAAGCCAGUGAAGGGGAGAAAGAUAAACUGGAUGAAGGCUGGAAUACGCGAGUCUAGCAGGGUGGUGACUGUGAGUCCAUAUUAUGCCCAAGAGCUUGUUUCCGCUGUUUCAAAGGGUGUUGAAUUGGACAACCACAUUAGAGACGUUGGCAUUACAGGUAUUUGCAAUGGCAUGGAUACCCAAGAGUGGAAUCCUGCAACAGACAAGCACACUGGCAUCAACUAUGACAUCACCACUGUUAUGGAAGCGAAGCCCUUGGUGAAAGAAGCUCUUCAAGCAGCGCUUGGUUUACCAGUUGAUAGGAAUAUUCCAUUGAUUGGUUUCAUUGGGAGACUUGAAGAGCAGAAAGGCUCAGACAUUCUGUCUGCUGCAAUUCCGAAGUUCAUUUCUCAGAAUGUUCAGAUUGUGAUUUUGGGAACUGGGAAGAAGAACUUUGAGCAGCAGAUUGAAAAGCUUGAAGUCUUGUAUCCAGACAAAGCCAGAGGAGUGCCAAAAUUCAACGUCCCCUUGGCUCACAUGAUUAUUGCUGGUGCUGACUUUAUGUUGAUCCCAAGUAGAUUUGAGCCUUGUGGUCUCAUUCAGUUGCAUGCUAUGCGAUAUGGAACCCCGUGCAUAUGUUCCUCAACUGGUGGUCUCGUUGACACUGUGAAAGAAGGUUAUACAGGGUUCCACAUGGGUGCUUUCAACGUCGAUUGUGAAACUGUUGACCCAGAAGAUGUGCUCAAGGUGGAAACAACUGUUGUUAGAGCACUUGCGACCUAUGGAACUCUUGCAUUUGCCGAAAUGAUCAAAAACUGCAUGUCACAGGAUCUCUCUUGGAAGGGACCAGCCAAGAACUGGGAAACACUGCUUUUGAGCUUAGGAGUGGCUGGCAGUGAGACUGGCAAUGAUGGUGAUGAAAUUGCACCCAUGGCCAAGGAAAAUCUUGCUACCCCAUAAAUGUAAAACAAAUCAGUCUUCUUUAGUACUAAAGGUUUCUUUUCUUUCCAUCACAAGCUCAAUUAAAGCCAACAUUUCAAAUUCAAAGCAUAACUUUAUGUUGAUGCUUGAAGGAGAGCAGUGAGCAUAUUUGUUGCUUCUGAUAUUUGUAGUGAUGAUUUCUUGAUUUGUAGUGUAAGAACAUUGAUUACUUCAAGGCAUGUAUAAUAGUAGUAAUAUUAUUAGUAAUAAAAACAUUUUUCCUCCUCGUAUGGUUCUGCUUUGGUCAAGGCAACUUCUGCUUUUCAUGUUCUGUAAUUUUUUUGACGAAUUUUCACUUCCUUGGAUUCUUCUGCCUUUAGCAUAUCUCAAUUGGAUGAUGUCG